ACUGUUAAACUUGACUUAUAACGUUCGUUAACACAUACAACGGUAAACAAAAUGGAUGGUGAUAUAAUGGACGAGCAUGUGCUGUUAGACAAAACACACUGAACAAGACGGAGAAUCAAUGUUAUUAGCGGCUCCGAGAAUACCGUUCACAUUCUCUGGUGCUAGAUACAUACAUAUACUAAACAACACGGUGAGAAGAACAACCCACGGGUGUAGGAUAAGUAGAAACAAAUAAGGCAUGGGAUGUGGAGGUUCUAGCAUACCACAUAGUGGGGAGGAGGACGAAGGACUUCUGACCGAGGCCAAUACUGACCCCCCUGAUUUUCCAUACAUACCACAUGGAUAUCCUCCACCGAAACCCUCGCACUCGAAAAAGAAAAAUCUCUGUAAAGAACAUGAAUUCAAAAAGAUAGAUCACAAAGCAAAUACGGCCCCAGAUGAAGUAGGAAACGGCUUUGAAGAUCUGUUGAACUACCUGAUGGAAGGUCUUACUACCGACCUUCAGCGUGUCCGGGCAAUCUUCUACUGGAUCGGGUGUAGGAACCAACACCCACCGCCAGGGGGGCCUCGGGACUCCCCGAAUGACAUUAUUAUAAAAAUCAAACGCAACAAAAUGUCCUACUGUUACCUGUUCGCGAGGCUUUGCAGGGAGGCCAAUAUUCCGUGUGUUAUCAUCGAGGGUGUUGCUAAAUCGGCUGGCUAUGAAGUCGGUGACAGUCAGAACGUGGUCAGCAAACAAUACAACAGGUGGAACGGUGUGUACGUGGACGGGGAAUGGAGACUGGUCUUCCCACUAUGGGCAUUCGCGGCGGUCAGUGGGCAUAGUACCGGCAAAUAUACACUCGUGGAAAGUAAAGGAGGGGCAGCAAGAGAAAAGGAGGUACAAUCGUCUGGGGUAAAUGUGGCUCAGUUUAACCAGUAUUUUUUCUUGCCCGACCCUGACGAGUUCGUUACUGUUGCUAUGGCCAAUAAUCCUAAAUGGCAGUUUUUGCAUGACGUAUAUGACAUCAAAAAAAUUUCGGAUAUAGCAAACCUGCGUCCAUAUUAUUUUAAUGGCGAUGUCAAGCUCUUUACGGACAACAAAGCAUGUUUACAUUCGAAACAAGGAGAAAUAAGUAUAGGUUUUAAAAUCACGAAUCCAACAUGGUCUGGGGUUUUGUCGUAUUUGCUAUUUUACAACGACCAUGAAUCAGUUAAUCCCCUGCCUAAAGAUCUCCAGCUGGAACGCUACGUCAUGAUGGAACGCCGUAGUUCAAUGUGGAUAUUCCACGCGCGCUGUCCCUGUGUAGGAAUGUACAAGCUGUCAAUCAACUGUGGUCAGCAUGACGGUGCUCUUUUUAGGAUAUGCAGCUUCAAACUUAUUUGCAACGAAGUAAACGAUCGAAAUCAGCCCCUCCCGUGCCAAGUUGGUACGGCGGGUUGGGGUCCAAGCAAAGACACAUCGAAGGCAGGGUUGACGUCACCCUCCCAAACAAAAGGAAUCGUUCACACUUCCGGCAGACGGGACAUUUACUUCAUUUUCUCAGUCAUUAACGACGUAACAGUAAGAACAGAACUAGUUCAAAAUGGCUCUACGUCAGAGGAUCUUCGAGCAUGCGUAUCGCAAGAUAUAGACGUUGAGAAGAAGCUAAGGGUGGCUGUUAAAGUUCCCGGGGCUGGGGAAUAUGCCUUGCGCAUACACACGACGGACUUGAAAACUACAGAAGAAACCAAUGCGUGCAAUUAUUUGAUUUCCAGUGACCAAAAUGUUCAAAGAAAGAGAAAACCAGAGAACAAACUUGAAAGACAAGUAAGAGAAUCAAUGAUAAAAGCAACAGAAGGAACCGACUACGUCACACUGACCACGGCGAUCGAAGCAUUUACUCAACUCGACCUAGAGGACAAGGGAGAUCUAACGGAAGCCAUCAACAGACAGGUGUUUUUACAACUAAAGAGAGAUCUUCGAGAUGCAAUCCUCCGCCGCAAUGUUGGAGUAUUGGAUGCAGCCAUAGCGAAAGCCAAAACCUCAGAACACGAACAACAACUUCGGCCGAAGAUAGAGGAGGCUGAGGGAUUACGAGAACAUCUGGCCAAGCUCCACAAGUUUGCUCAUGGAGUCCUUCAGCUUAAACAACAGACUGUCUCGGAACUUCACCGAUACAAGAUCCCACCAGUCCCGGUCCAUGAUGUCAUGUUGGCCACUUAUAUUAUGCUUGGAGAACCAAGGGAAAACGUCAAGAACUGGAAGUCAGUGCAAUGUGUUCUGGGCAUGCUGGGGAAGAGAGGGCUGAUCAAUAGAGUCCGCGAGUUUGACACGGUGCACUUGACGGUAGACAUAAUAGAGGAAGUGGAUGCGCUCACAAACGGCUUCAACGAGGAGACGGUCUGUCUGCGCAGUCCAGCAGCCGCAACAUUCCAUACCUGGGCAAGUAUUGUACAACUGCUUUAUGUUUGAAGAAAAAAAUAGAAUAAGAAAACGAA